UGCAUUAAGUCCUCUUUUAUUUGUAGAUUGUGUACUACGUAGUUUAUUAAGCUAUCAAACCAGAACCAUAGUACGUCAAUAUGUAAUGUACCUAUACAGCAUUAAACUCUAACCAUAACGUCAAGCACAUUGCAAUUUUCGUAAUUUUCGGGCAAUAUGACAAAAUGGAAUCAAGAGUUAUAAUUUAUACCACAUCAAAUGGUCGAAAUACAAUUAUCCUGUGCAAAAAGUAUAUACCACAAAAUGAAUCGACUCGGACUUUAGAUUAGGACAACGAAAUCUUAUACGCGGAAUCAUUUUUUGGAAAAUUACUCUGUAAUGAAGUAUUAAAUAAUUAGCUUUAUUUACCCGUCUCAUAUUGUAAGGAAGGAAUUAAUUUUAGUUUAAAAAAUGUUUAAAAUGCAUAAAUGUCGUAUUUUUACUUGAAUCGGAAUGAAUGACAAAAGACAUUUAUGUUUUACAUAAAUGCAAAUCAUCAUACUGCUUCUUCCAUCCUGUUGCAAGAGCUCCAUUAUUUAAAGUUAAAUUUAAAGCCCAUCAAGUUAUUUAUUGUUUAGCUCAUUCUGUCUGCCAUAUAAAAUAUUUAUGAAGAAAUAUCUAAAAACAAUCCUUUCUGUUCAAGUAUUAACCAACCCUUUUCCAGCAUUAUAGUUAACAUGCACAUAUUCAGCCUAGCAUCUCUCUCUUAACUUCUGACUAUUUAGUAUUUAUUGCUAACCACCCUUUUUUGCGUCGUUCCCCCAAAAUGGUCUCUUCCUGGUUCUUCUUCUUCUUUUUCUUCAGUUACAUGAAUUCAGAUCGUAGUCAGCUAUAUAGAAGCAAUCCAUAUGAACAAAAGAAACGGAAGGGAUGUAAAGGUUUCAUUUACAUCAGAGAUUCCAACACAGGGUUAUAAAACCUGUCCGCUUUAGUCCCUUGUCAUGGUAAGCAGACAUUAUAUACAUUUAUUUUAUGCAGAGCUUUGUAACUCUGACUAAGGUUAGUGGUCAAUCUGAAGUAGGUAUUCUGCAAAGCUGGCAAAAGGGUCACCUUCCAAUAUGCUUUGCUCCACUUAUCAGGAAAGAAAGGAAAAGGGUAGGACACCAGGCCGCAUACUGACAUAUUAUCACCGGAAGAAGUUGUGGAAUUAUAAUAAUAAAAGGAAUGGAUUUGACCUAUGCACAGACCAGAAGCACAAUGCAUAACAACGUUUUAUGAAUCGUACUCGUGUGUAGGUAGACCCGAAGCAAAACUAUUAGGAACACUGUUGUGGUUUGGUUGGUUGGUUGGUGGAGAAAUGUAGAAAUUUAAUAGCAACCUCAAAACUUUGAGACUCAUUAGAUAUUUACAUUACAUAAUUUUAUUAUUAUCGACAACUUCACUUACAGCUCUACUACUCACUGGGUUGGUUGGUAGCUUCUCUCGUCACCACCACAAUAAUUCAUGACGAAACCAAAAGGUUUCACAAUAAUUUAUUUCCGAGGUUAAAGCACUCAUCGCUUUGCAGAAUAUUUUAUAUUAUUAUCAAACUGUCUGCUGUGUCUACAGCUUUUACUACUUUUUCGUCUUUCUUCACUUUGUGGUACGUACAUAUGUACAUAUCCUCCUCCAUGGAGGGAUAAGAAGACGACGAUAGUAUGGUGUCGAAAACUGAGUAUGUAUUCCUCGACUUGUGUUAUGUAGGAUAAAAUUCUCAUCGUCAUUUUCACCAGUAAUAGUAAAGCUCGAGUCAGGAUGAGAUGGUUUAUAAACAGGAGCAAAAUAAUAAAGUCAUCAAAUUUUGUUUGCGUUUCCUCCUUUCAAGUUUUUACGUUACAUUACACACUUGGAUUUCUUGUGGAUCUUCUCUAUCUCUCUUCUUCCGAAAGAAACUCCGACCUGAAAAAAAAUAUGCGUUCCUCAUUUCGACUUAAAAAAUAUUGGAUGAGGGAGGAGGAGGAAAACUGCUUAUAGAUGAGGAGGAAAGAGUAAAAAAUAGUGAUCAUAGAACUUAAGAGCGUAUAAAAACUCAGUUAAAUAAAAUCUCUUAAAGUCCUCCUCCACUGCUGCUGGUCGUAUAGGCAUUGCAAGUGCUUCCGUUUUUCUGUUUGCCAUCCAUCGUGGUCUCGUCGUUCAUUUAAUGGAUUCGCAUAUGACUGGAAAAUAUGUCGAGAAAGUUGAGAGAUCGUGCGUGAAUGAAUUAUUGUACAUGAGGAGCAGGGUAGUAAAUAGGAGGCUCGGAAAUUCAUCUCGAUGUACCGAUUGUGUACAUUUUUAGGAAUGCGGUGAAAACAAGCAGCCAUUUUCAUCUCUCCUCUGAUCUGUUUAAGUAAUAAAGUUAAAAACUACUACGGGACGACGAUGAACGGAAGGAAGAGGAGAAAAUAGAAAUGUGGACGAGUUAAAGACAGAAAAGAUGUAAUAUUUGGCUGGGGUUGGAUUAUUUAUGCAUGUUUCGUGGUGGCGAUGCAUGGCGCAGAGCGUAGACAUAUUAAUACUUGAGUUUUAGCUGGAACAAAGCCGUGAAAUUUUGGUGUACACAUAAAAAUAAAAAGCUCUUUGGGAAAUGGAAAUUUGAUUUUUUAUUUAUAAUUUUUGAUAGAUUUUUUUCCAGUGCAUACUCUAUAUUCUAAUUUUUCUUUUUACAAUCACGAAUUUUAGGCAAGAGAGAAGAUUGAUCAAUUUAUGUCCCUAUGCACAUGUGGAGCUAUUUACGGGCUUGUGAUAGAAAUAUUCUAGUCUCGGAGUUAAGCCCAAUGUCGAAUUCAUUAGCAUCAAUCACAAAUAGAUCAAAACAAAAUUUCUUUGCGCGUGUGAAUAUUGACUCAUAAUUUAGACCUGUGAUUUGAUCAUCCUCUUCAAUUACCCAUCCGUUAAUUUCAUUUAUUUGUCUGAUGUUACUCGAACAACGCCAACGCCAAGCAUCACGCUCUUGCCUUUGAUCUCCUUUUUUAACAUCUUUUGAUAAAUGUCACGCCACUGCCUGAAGCUGUUUGUCGUAAGUGAUUUUCUCAAUAAAGCAUUAGGGAUUCAAGGACACUGUAAUUUUGCAAAUGAAGAAAAAAAAAUCCCGUUCUGUAAUUCGGAAAUUUGGCAGAAUCUUCAUGUCCAAAGUAAUAGUGUGUCUUGUAAUUAUAUCAGAAUAAUAAUAAUUGUAAUUUGAAAUUGUGAUUGGAUAGGGUGAUUAACGUACAUACCCCAUAAACAUUGAACUAUGGGCCAUAGCUGGAAUUAGUCAGGGAAGUCUGGCAAACCUCGGCGACAAACUGACUUUGGCAAUAUUAGUCAGGCCAAAUCUGGCCCAUAUACAUAUUCCCGUAGUCCGACAUCUGUGGGCCAGAGUCGCCGCAUAGUUUGCAUCCCAAAGUCUGGCAACAUUGCGGCAGUUAUUAUCCGGCCCACUUUGGGGAAACAUCUGAGCAUUAUUUCAUCUUUUUGUCAACGGACAACAUUAUUUUGGCUCCGUCAGUCAUUAUUUCUCGCACCAUGGCCAUUAGUAUUUCGAAAAAAUUUUGUGUUGUGCAAUUUCUAAAAGAAAAUUCUUUUGCUGCCGUCCCCUCUAAAUGGAUCAUUGAAGAAGAAGGAAACUUGAUGUGCAGGUGGCCAAGAGGGACACAACUAUUAGAUUUAAUUAAGAAUCCUGAUAGCAUUCCUAAGAAAACGUGGAAGAAACUAGGAAUCAAAUUAUUCCGGUCCUUCGGUAGUGAUGAAUACGAGUUAGCAAACUUCAAUGUCGACCAGGCCAAAGUAAUUAGUGGAGGCGAGAAUCAAAGUGGUUCGCUGUCCAGCGACAAAGACGAGGUCAACGAAACGGUCGGAGUUAAGAAAACAAAUAAUAUAAUAUCGACUGAUCUGUCCGUUUCUUCAUUAACUGCUCCACCGCUAGGUAAUUUAAUUGCAGCCUUAUGUCAUAAUUAUGGUUGUGCUAAUUUUAUUGUCCCGAUAGAUUUUAAUCAAGAUUUGGAACUCAGUCCUGUCAGCCCUACCACUUCAAACAAUUUACAGGAACCAGUGAUUUUGGUGGAUGACCAGAGAGAAGGUUUUACACAAAAUGGUGAUAAUAACUCUCAAAAUGCACCUGAUUUGUCUACUCCAAUUUUAAUUCAAACCCUUCCUUCAGAGUCUGACAAAGUGUUUCAAGAGACCGUGAUAAAACUUUUGGUGGAUCUCAAGACUGAAGUUGCUGUCCUCUCAAGUAAAGUGGCAUCUCUAACUAAAUUUGGAAAAUUAGACAAUAUAAGUGCAUUUCCAUUUGAGAAUGAGAUGCAAUAUAUUAAACGAACAUUACGGUCCAAGCGUCAUCCAAUGCAGCAAAUGAUUAAUAGAAUUCACGAGAGGCAAAAUAUUCACAAAAGUAAAAUCCCAGUAAUUUAUAAAGGUCUUGGGUUUAGUUUAAAAUCUGGUUCCGUCGUUACUUGCAAGAAAGGGAACAAUGUGGUCCUCUUGAAUAGUGGUGAGUGUGUAUUAAUUAAUUAUAUUAAUAAUGAUAUAUGUGAGGGUUUUAAAUUUAAAACAAUUAAAAGCUUGUAUGAUCAUCCCUGUCAAAGUCAGAACGUACACAUGUACUUAUGUGCAGAUAUUGACACAAACAAGAUACAAAAUGUUAUAUGAUUCCUCAUUUAGAAUUGGACACAUUUGUGUGUGUCGCGCUACUUUAAUUUAUGUUCUUUUAGUGUAUCUAAUUAAUUUUGUUAAAUGUUAUUCAUAAUUUUUGUAUGUAGCUGACGCUUAAUUUAAUUCAAUAAGAAAUAAAAACAUAUAUGAAGGAUA